AGACAUUUAUCAGCAAUCCUGUUGAUAGGUGAUAACUAUGGGUUGUGGGAAUUUGCCUUUAAGUAUCAUUAGAUAUAUAUUGAGGCCUAAAAGUAUGUAUAAUUCCACAGUGCUGCAUUUAAUAACUCUUACUUAUGGUUUUCUCUUUCAGAGACAUUCACUUAUUUGAUUGACUUGGCCACAAACAACACACUUUCUUUGUUUGACAGCAAGUACCGCUCAAUGUUUAAAAAUGCGCACGAGUCAGUAAAGGAGCUAUUUACUGACCUAUCCCUUAAUAUUAUGGGAGCCGACAUGCCCUUGGAUGAUGCAUUCUCUCGUUUUUGGGAUGACCUGUUCCCCCUCGUCUACAACCACCUCAUUAAUCCAGGGACAGUGUCAUUGUCAGGGGAGUACUUGGACUGUCUACGUUUGACAAGGCAGGAUAUUAACCCUUUUGGCAACUAUUCAAAUGACAUGCUUGUCCAUUUGUCAGAAUCUUUGUGGACCAGCCGAAUGAUGAAACAAGCCUUAAGUUUGGCCGAGCAAGUAAUCAACAGCACUGAGCAUGCAGGAAUGACCCGGGAAUGCACAAGUGCAUUGGUGAGGAUGCAGUAUUGUCCUCACUGCCAGGGAUUGACUCUUAUCCGACCGUGUGUUGGCUACUGUCUCAAUGUUAUGAGAGGAUGUUUGGCCAGUGUAGCAAGUCUAGAUGGCUCCUGGAGAGACUUCAUUAACUUGGUGGAGCACUUUGCUGAUCAGAUGUCUGGAUCGCAUGACCUGGAGCAGUCUCUAUUAGGAAUUCGGGACGUAAUUGACCAGUCGAUUCAUUAUGCUGAGACACAAGGACCCUACCUCUCACAGAUGGUAGAAAAGGUGUGUGGAGAACUACAAGAAAGUCCUGUCAAACAACAGUCUGAAGAGAAGGCCAUGAAAGAAGAAGAGGUGGUGAAAUCGCCACCAGUUACAAAACUCCACUCUCUAGGAAAUUUAAGAAGCUCUCUGCCUCUGAAAGCUUCGAAGAAUGACAGGCCACGCAGUUUGAAAAGAAUCUCUCGCGAAUUCAUUAAGUACAUGAAGCCUUCAAGGACAUUUUAUACCACAAUGGCAGAGCGUUUGUGUGAUGGGGACCUGGCAGUAAGAGAUGGUUCAACAUGCUGGAAUGGAGAAGAUGUGGUAGAAAGUUACUCCAACCUCGUUGUUUCCAGUGAUUUUCAAGAUCAAGUAAACAAUCCAGAAGUUAAAGUCCGAGGGUCCAAUGUCAUCAUCAACCAAGUAAUCAAUAAGAUGCGACUUUUCAUUCAGAUGGGCAGUGAAAAAAGGAUCAAGGCAGAGCGCUGGCGUAUCACAGAAGGCAGCGGAGGAUAUGGCAGAUCAGAAGGCGAGGAUGCAAGUGGUGACUGUGAUGAUGAGGAUGGUUGUCAAGGAUCUGGUGACAGUUUACAACCAGACACAAGGAGGCGGAUAUAUGAAACCAGCAUCGUCAACGCAACGGCCAAAGAUCCUGUCCACCUAAACCCAGGAGCCACCAGGAUACCACCUAAACAAAGGAAUUCCUCAAAUGCCACCAGCAGAUCCCAUGGCUCUUUGGCUUUAAUUAUGGCUGCCUUGUUCUUUACGUGUCCGUUUUUAUCACGGGUUUGCAGUGCUACAUUUUAAGAAUCUGCUCAAAAAUCCUUUGAAGCCUUAUUCAAGCAAAGUAAAAUAGUAGCUUUUUUUUAGGACAAACACGAAGAGUCGGCAUGAGCCAAGCUCUGAAUGACCUUGGAUGAGUCACCCCACCGUUGAAAUGGGAUGACAGGCUGGCAAGCUAGACGUAUGUCUCGGGAGCGGUAAGGAUCGAGGUGACAGAUAAUAAACAACUCUCACACCUCAAGCAACAUGAAAACAAACUCUCAGUUAUUAAGCGGAUCGGUUUCACAAAUGUGAUUUACGAUGAGGAAGUGAAACUUGGACAAAGUCACAAUGGAUGAACGCUCACAGUCCAAUACCUAAUCUAAUAAUGUAGAGAAACCUGCCUUGUUAAUAAACGGACAGAGUAGAACUGGAAUGAUACAUUUCUAUGCCGUGUGUGUCAGACGUAUGAGUUUCUAUGCACUUUAGAAGCCAUUAAGCUUCACGUAUUACAGAUACCUCUAGAAUUCUCCUCUUUGAUAUUUGUCACUUUUCCUUCACUUGUAAAACCAGCAAAUGCCUGUGUACUUCAUUCAAUGUGUUAUUGUAUAUCAGUUGCCUUCUUUUUAUUUCUAUAUGGAACUAAUACGUAUGGCUUUGUCUAGAUUUCUAUUUUAUGUAGGCGGUAUGAUAGCAGCCAAGGUAGGGGGAUUGUAAGGUCUUAAACAUUCAUAUUAAAGGGGAUUAGGUGAAUUCAGAAAUAAUUAGAAUUCAUAAUUAGGUGGAUUAGGCAGUGGAAAAUAUUCAAAAUCUGGUGUCUACCCUGCUACAACCUGGAAAUUAAAGGCUUUGAACACCUUUUAGGGCAAUUUUUUAUGAUUGCAUUUUAAUACCUUUGGGAUAAAAAUAAUUUUUUUCCAUUCGUCUUUAUUUAAAAAAAAAGUUUUGCGUGGUGUUCAUCCGACAGGGUUACAUUUCAGCCUAGCUUGGUUUUAUUGCUGUUCAUACAGCUAUGUAUAGCCCCUGUCUCUGAACUCCUGACAGCUUACAAACAUCUACUUAAGUCAUAUUCUUAUCCGUUCAAUAAAAAUGUAAGCUGUCAGGAAUUCAGAUGUAAGGACUACACUUCAGAACAGCAACGUUGCUCAGUGUAAAAUUGAAACUAAGAUAAUCUGCAGCAAGGCUUUAAUGUAACCCUGUAGGAAAAGAAACUACUGUCAAUGUUUAACCAAAUUGAGAAAACUAUUUUUUGCCCAAAAUGAGUAAAACGUAUUUAUAAAAACAUUGCCCCCAAAGGUAGUCAUAACCUUUAAGCAAUAGACAUGAUUUAUAUAAUAUUCAAGAGGCAUAGUUGUUAAUAAAACGGUGUUGCCCAUAGAAAACAAUGAGAGGUUUGUAUCAAUGGACUAAAUCUGUGAUAGCGAAUUGGUUAUUAAGACCGGCGUCUAAAACAUUGAUCUUAAUAAAUGAUCCCCUAAGUUUCUUAAAAACUUCCCGAUAGAGCAUACCAAUAUCAGCAAUUCUGCAAUUUGCAAUGUUCUCAUUAGGUUUAGCACAACCUCCGUUUAGGUCAUCGAAGCUACACGCACUGUCUCUGUGCCUGCCAUUUCAGAUUGAAAUUAGAGCCAUGCCACAUUCAGACCCAUCAGGUUAAAUUGAGUUGUGUACCCGAAAUCUCAUUAUCACCUCAGUAAUAAAAUAUUCCAGUUAUUACACUUGGAUGAAAAACUGCAAACCCAAUACAUUUAGAAGUGAAUGUGAUUGUAAUAAGGGACUGAAGAGGGAUUUACUGUGACCCCUCACCUCAUAUGAAGGGAGUUUUUCCUUUUAUUUUGCUAUGGCCCUCAAAAAAAAAGCAAUUGUACAGAGAAUUUUGGAAUGGAGUAAGAAGAAAGGAGCCCUUGUCCUGCUCGUGAAAGCUCCCUUUUACAUAAAGCUGCUGUACUCCAGGUACAGUGACAUACAUAAAAUCUGUACACAGUAGGGUAACGGCAGAAAUACAUAAUCCUGGAUUCUUAUAGCGGUGACAAUCUGAUAUCUCACUAUAAGAAAUAUACUGUGAAUAUGGUGCCUGGUUCAGUAUAAUAAAACAGCAGUCCUGGCCCCAAAUCUCUACCUCUCUGCACAUGGGAGUGAGAAAAUUGCGGACUGCACGCAGAAAAUGUCCAUAUUUUGUGGAUGUAUGGUUUGCAGUACGCAAUAUGGACAACUUUGUGUCCAUGAGACCUUAUCCAGCGAGAGCCACUUCUAUGGUGAAUUGAAUAUGCCACUGUGUGAUAAGCAGAUACCACUGCAGUAUCCAUUUACACCAACACUCUUCUCUUGUCCUGCAUGACCCCCAGAAAUGCCCCACUAUGACUAUACUGAUGGUCCCAUUAGUACAUAUUGUCUUCUUCUGAUCUGGCCUGUUUUUUUUAUCAUCUCCUAAAUCAACAAUUUCAUUGUUUUUGCUCAAUGUUCAGUCUCCUAAAAUUCAAACCAAUCUCCAUAAAUAUACCCAAUAUACACUGCAUGUAAGUAGCAAUAGUACAUCGAGCCUUACAAUGACAAGACACAUGGCCACUGAUGUAGAUAAGGAACAGAAACAGAUAGUUACUUCAUUUUACAUUAGGCCAUGCUCCCUCGGGAGCCAUUCACACAGUACAGUAAAGUCACUGAAGCCAGACUAAGCACUGUUACUUCAUACUGUAUGGAGGUUUCUAGGAUAUGACAGUGAAUUUGAAGAGCAAGAAUCAAACCAGUAUGAAGAACUCUUCUUAAUAUUUCAUUUCACCUCUGAGGUCUUCUAAAGUUAAGACCGGCGCUGGCACACUAUGACAUGGAAGGCUCAUUGCUUAAAAAUCCUAAAGAUAUGUCAUCAGUAUCAGAUUGGUGAGGUCGGAGACCCCCCAGCUGUUUUGGACGGCCACCGGCACAGGAAGAGCUGAUAUGUGGUAUACCAGCACAGUCUCUUCAAAGGGCAAGGAACCUUCUGAUUCCAAUCCCAUUCACUGUAUAGUGUCCAGCACUGGUGGCUGUCCAGCCAGUCAGUGGGGGUGCAGAGUGUUGGACCUAUCAUGGGAAAGGCCAUCAAUAUCUAAGUUCUAGAAACCUCCUUUACAUUUAGAGUACAUUUACAGUACAACCACAGGAUAUGCCAUAAAUGUCCAGUAGAUGUGGGUCCUACCUCUAGAACCCUCUCCUAUCUUGAGAACAGUGCUCGGAUCACUGUUACUGUAAUUGGUGCUUUGGCCACACAUGCAGAGUGCUCUACAUUCACUUCUAUGGGUUUCUGUUUAAUAUACUGGUAGAAAAUGAUUGAAGAGUUGUACAAUUGAGAGGGCAAAAUUA